GACAAACCGAAUUUUGUAAUGGCCAAAUAAAACAACAUUUUUUUAUUUAUUCAACUAAAAAUCAUCAGUAUGAAUGACUUUGCGAGUUUGGAAAAAACUAUAGUGCGUGAAUUAUCGUGUCGUCUGUGCCUGUGUACCGAUGUAUCAAAAUUAAAACCACUUACUGCCGAAAUUAAACGCAAGUUGAAAAAACUUUUUGAUAUUGUUAUUCAUACAGACGACAACCUUCCUAAGGCAAUAUGCCACGAUUGCUUACAACAAGUAGCUGUUUUGCACCUUUACGCUGUGAAAGUGGAUAAGACGCAAAAGUUUCUAGGAUUUCAUAACAUUAAAAAAACCGCUAUCCAACGGGACAAGUUGGCAGGGAACCAACUUCAUCCGAUAAUUGCAGAAAUCCCGGAACGUAAAGCUCAAAAUACAAAAAACAAUGACAGCUCAAAACAGGCACCACCCCAACCAAUAGUGCCGGCUCCAGAAUUACAACAAGGUGAUGCAAAACCUCCAAAACUCCAAAGAGGAAAAACUACCGCAGAUAUGAAAUUUUUAGAAGUAAUGCCUUUAGAUGAGUUCGCAAUAACAGAGAACGUAGAAAAAUCACUACUCAAUAGUUCAACUUCAAAUAACAAACCACCUCCAAAAACCGGAAAGGAUAAAAAUCAAAACAACAUAGAGGAUAGGCACAUAGAGGAUAGGCACAUAAAUGACGUGUUGGACCCAAUUGUAUUGAUAGACGGACGUCCAGCCAAGCAGGGUGCUGCUUUGGAUAAACAAAUAACUCUAUUUUACAAAAUGGAAUGCUGCAUUUGUCAUGAAGAUGGAUUUCACUUCAGAUCCCUAAUGAAACACUACAAAGAUGGACACGGUGUUCCCGGAUACGUCACAUGCUGCGAUAAAAAAUUCCACUAUUUCUAUCCAAAAAAGAUUAUUGAGCAUAUGGCCUAUCAUCUGCAACCAAAUAUUUUUAUGUGCCGCAGUUGUCAUCAAAACUUCCAAACAUCGCAACAACUUUUAGAACACGAGAGCAACGGAGGGAGAUCCGAGGGCAAGAUAGCCUGCCCACGUUGUACAGAACGCUAUCCUACCUAUCAAGAGCUGGGAUGGCAUAUUGUAACACAUCGUUCCGAUAAACUACAGUGUGAUUAUUGCGGAAAAUUGCUGAAACAUCACCAUCGUAAGAAAACAGUCAAUCACAUGGAAGACGUCGUACUCUGCUCACAAUGCGUGCGGACUUUGAAGAAUUUGGAAAAACAAGAGAAAGAAAUUAAAAAAAAGGUAAAAGCAAAGAGCAACGACGUUGUGACUAUACAAAAAUAUCAGAAAUUUCGUCUAGCCAUGGGACUCUCGGCGGACGAAGAGGCUUCAACUGAAUAAAUAAAAUUAAACUGUUAAAAAAAUAGCAAUCCAAGAAAACCUCAAGGCAUACACGAGUAACCAUAAAAAAUAAAAGAAUAGCGAUUU